ACUAAAUAAAGUAAAGUAGGAUUACAGUAUAAUUACUUACUAUGAUGAGGUUAUUCGACUAGAGAAAAGGAGCUCUGUGUGUCGAAACCCUCCGUCGCCAGCAUUUAUUCUUCUCACUUUUCUUCACCGGAGAAUCACGACAACAUCAAAUUCUCCGGCGACAUCUCAGUUCACUCUUUUCCUGCAGUGGCAGUGCAUCUGUAAAAUGCUUCAAGGACUGUUGUUCGCUACUCUUGCUUAAUUAUUACUAUAGCUGGUGAAAAUGGGAGGUUGCUGUAGUUCUUCGAGGAAGUCACAUCUUGUUGGAACACCUGUUUACUAUUAUUGUCCAGAAUCUUUUGAAGAGCUUGUCCCUUCAGGAACCCGUGCUGGUGUGGGAUCAGCAUUCACCACAGGCCUCUUGGUUGAUAUAGGUUUGGAGACAUCUAUACCUGACACCUUUUGUGCUCCUGCUCCUCUUCCAUAUGAUUUGCUUUUGGGGCGACCACAAUGCACAGAUUCUGAGUCCAUCAAAGGAAGGAUGAGUGGAAGCAGUUUUGAAACGCUAGCGACGUGUGAAGAUCUUGGGGAAUCAGACUGUAAAACUCUAGCCAGCUCAGUCAUUCUUUCACCGAGGAAAUCAGAUUUCUCGAAACAUCAAGGAUUGAAGAUAUUGGUUGAUGAAGAGGAGGACUGUUGUCCUAUUUGCUUUGAAGAUUAUGAUGUUGAGAAUCCAAGACUAACGACAAAGUGUGAGCACGAAUUUCACCUCUCUUGUCUUCUGGAGUGGAUUGAAAGAAGCGAUAGAUGCCCAAUAUGUGAUAAGGAAGUUGUGUUUGAUGAUCGCUUGAACUAGCAUCAUUACUAUCCCCUGGCUUGAAAGUUUGAAGGUGUGGCGCUUUGUUUGGUUAGUCUACUACAUAAUUAGCAUACAUCUAUUUUGUUUCUUCCUCACACACUUUAAGUGUUGGGUCUCCACAUUUCCACUUAGUUUUGUCGUAUUGGUUAUGUUCGUUUUGCCCUUGUGCGAUCAUAUAGAUAUACAUAACAAUUGUAAAUAUUACCUAGCUUCUUGUUCGUUCGUUUGUGAUCUCCGGGGUGUGAUAGAGAAGAAAGGACCACCAUUUCAGUAUUUUGAUUGUUUGCAUCUUCAAAAUCAUGUCCACUCUUGUCUUGAUCCAUGAUUCUAUCUUAGCAAUAUUGGUUAAUGCCCUGAUCUGGGAAUCAUAAUAAGCAUGAUUUUGUUUGUUUGUUUGGUUAAAGAAAGAGAGAGAUUCUAUUAGAUAUGGAUAUAGUAUAAUUCCAUAGUCUAAAGAGA